AUGUGGCAAUGCUAUGCCACACGUCCUGAGUUGACCUCUGCCGUGGCACUAUCGCCAAUAGGCUUGAGGGACCACCCGCAGAUCACAACGCAACUUGCCUCGUUUGAGCGUCAUGAAUUCCUCCCCGUACUCAUUGCUGCCGUGGUCGCGCUCUCAUCGGGAGCGACCACCCCGAAGCCCGUGCCCCAGCUCCGCCAGUCCCCGAUCAACCUCCCCCGCUUGUCCGUCGUGCCCAACAAAGGAAGCUUCUCCAUCCAGCUCGAUACUGCCCCCGCCGUCGUUUCUCAUGAAAACCACACCGUCAAGGCGACUUGGAACGCUGGCGCCAAGUCGUUCUUGAAGCUCAACAGCAACGUGUACAACUCGGUGCAGUUUCACCCCCACGCCCCCAGUGAGCACACGAUCGGCGGCGUGCGCUACCCCUUCGAAGUGCACUUUGUGCACCAAGACAAGAACAAAAACUUGGCCGUCGUUGGCAUCUUGUUCGAGUUGGACCCGAACGAUGAACCCAACCCGUUCUUGGACCAAUACUUGAGCGGAUUCAGCCAACUGACCAAGCCCGGCGACAAGUUUACUCUGGAUUCGCUUGACCCGUCGUCGCUCGAUGUGGCCGAUAGCAACGUGUACCGCUACCCAGGCUCGCUGACGACGGAGCCAUACACCGAAGGCGUCGAGUGGAGCGUGCUGCAAGAAGUGCACACGAUGUCGUUGAGUCAGUUGGAGGCGUGGGAGAGCGUGAUUCACCACCCGAACUCGCGCCCGGUGCAGCCGUUGAACGGCCGCUCUGUCAAGCUCGUUGCCAAGAAAUAUUGAGCUCUGAGAUCGCACUGUGUUGGAUCUGCCGUCGUUCUCCUUAGCGUGCCAGGGCAUAUGUGUGAAUACUUGAUAUCUUGUCUUGUUGACGUGAGGGGUUGUCGCGAUUGACCCUGCAUCGGCGACUGCCAUGCCGUUGC